AUGCGGGCUGCCGCCGUUCUUAUCCUGCUCGCCGGCGCUGCGGUGCUCACUGCGGCCGGUGCUGCGCCUGCCGCCAGCGAGGCUGCGACUGCCCUCCCAGACGCCGCGGUCGCCGCCGCCACCGCAGCCACCAAGCUCGCCCACCAAACCCCCUCCCCUGGCGCUGACGACGCCGACGGCGACGACGAGCCCCUCUUCAUCUCCCCCGAGGAGGCGGCGCAGCAGAUCGCCGCCGCCGCAAACCCCGCUGCCUUCGCCGACCUCGACCUGCCGGCCCCCGCCCUGGUCAUCCACCAUGGGCCGGGGAACGUGCGCGUCGCCCGCGAGUUUGCGCCCGGCGGCUCGAAUGACAAGGCGGGCCGUGACGCCGCCGCGCAGCGCGUCCUCGCGCGCUUCAAGACCAAGAAGGGCGCUGUCACGACGGGCACCAGCCGCAAGUGCUCCUACCCCCUGAACCAGCUUUACUUCACAGAGGACUCAAACAAGACCAUCUCAAACCUAUGGCUGGGCUCCUACUCCUUCAACUCGUACACGUUCGGCAGCGGCAACGCCGGCCGCAACGGCCCCGGCAAGUUUGGCGCCGCCUGCCUCAGCCCGCCCCGCUGGGGCCCCGCCUUUGAGACCACCUCAAAGUGCUCCCUGGCGCCCCCGCCGUUCGCCAAGGGCAUGGCGCAGCUCGCGCUCUUCAACGUCUACCGGGACCGCCCCGGGGACCAGUUUGGCGCGAUGACCGUGGUGACGUCACUCAAGUACUACUACGGCAAGGCCGGCGGCGUGGAGCGCCAGGAGAUCGUCGCCCAGUACUGGAGCCCCACCCGCGGCUUCCUCACGUCGUUCGACAUCGCCACCGGCCGCCCCGUGACGGAGCUCUCCGGCAACCGCGCGGUGCACUUCAAGGCGCCCCCAGGGGCCGUGCUGGGGGAGCGGCUGACGACCGCCUGCAGCGUCGCCGGCCAGGACCGCAAGAACCCAAUCCGCAAGCUCAGCUCGGUGUCGCGCGCCUGCGCCAUCAAGCCCACGUGGUACCCCGACACCCGCACCUUCCCCAGCUCCAACCAGGCCGAGCUGUACGGCUACCAGUGCAAGUAA